AUGGCGACCGAGGAGAAAAAGAAGCGCGUCAGUCGUUGGGACUUAGGUCCUGAGGACGAUCCCGCACUUCCCAGCAGCGACAUGGCGCCCACUGAGGAAACCAAGCGCGUCAGUCGUUGGGACGUGGGUCCUGUGGGCGGUCCCGCACUUCCCAGCAACGACAUGGCGCCUACUGAGGAAACCAAGCGCGUCAGUCGUUGGGACGUGGGUCCUGUGCAAGAAACCAAGCGCGUCAGUCGUUGGGACGUGGGCCCUGUGCAGGAAACAAAGCGCGUCAGUCGUUGGGACUUAGGUCCUCUGGACAGCCCAUCGGUCCUGGAUCCAUCAGCAAAGAUUUCCAAGCCUGGUCCCCAGGGCAAGUCCUCACGUUCGGCUCAGUCGUUGAUCUCGAAGCGCGUGUCUCGGUGGGAUCUUGGUCCGCAAGACCAGCCGACAAAGCAAGUUCCGCUACCAGCGACUUCGGAAAUUCAAGACGGUUCGCAACGGCAGUACAGCCUGCUUGACCUCCCCGGAGAAGUCCGCCGGCAGAUCUACGACUUCUGCGUUCCCCGCUCGGCCGUCAGUCUAUACCCCACGACUUCAUCCGACGCAAGCCGCGAGUUCUCCGGACUCCUGCAAACAUGCAAGCUCAUCAGAGCCGAGUUCCUCAUCCACCGCGGCGACCCCCGUGAUUAA